GCCGGGGCCCGGGGUGCCGCAGGGCUGCUGCCGUUGCUGCUGUUGAGAGGCGGCGGCGGCGGCGGCGAGGCGGGCGGGAAGGAUGGUGGUUCUGUGGCCGGAGCGGCGGGUGCGGACCGGGAGCCGGGCUGAGGUUUGGCCGAAGCGACGCGCGCUCCGGAGCGGCCAGCGCGGUGCCGCUGAGGCAGCGUAAGGGCGGCAGGAGCGACUGACGGACGGACGGACGGAAGGCCACCCGAGAGCCGGCCCCGGGCCGUGCGGUGGGCGAGAUGCCGGGGCCACCGGCGUUGCUGCUCCUGCUGCUGCUCCUGGCCGCCGGCGGCGCCCGGGCCGUGCCACUUCCGCAAACAGGUGCAGGGGAGUCACCUGCUGCCGAAGUUUCCUCAUCUUUUGUGAUCCUAUCUGUGUGCAGUUUCAUUAUAUUAAUCGUGUUAAUUGCAAAUUGUGUAUCCUGCUGUAAAGACCCAGAAAUAGACUUUAAGGAAUUUGAAGAUAACUUUGAUGACGAGAUAGAUUUCACACCACCAGCAGAAGAUACUCCCUCCGUUCAGUCCCCAGCGGAAGUGUUCACACUUUCCGUACCAAAUGUUUCACUACCAGCUCCAUCCCAGUUCCAGCCUUCUGUAGAAGGUUUGAAGUCUCAAGUUUCCCGCCACAGUCUUAACUACAUACAGGAAAUUGGAAAUGGCUGGUUUGGAAAGGCCCUCCUUGGAGAGAUUUUCACAGGCACUAGUGUGGCAAGAGUGAUAGUGAAGGAGUUAAAAGCAAGUGCAAGCCCAAAGGAACAAGAUACUUUUUUGAAAAAUGGAGAACCGUACUAUAUUCUUCAGCAUCCGAAUGUUCUUCAAUGUGUCGGGCAGUGUGUAGAAGCGAUUCCCUACCUUCUGGUGUUUGAGUUCUGUGACCUGGGCGAUCUGAAAGCGUACCUGCGCAACGAGCAGGAGCACGUUCGGGGGGACUCGCAGACCAUGCUGCUGCAGCGGAUGGCGUGUGAGAUCGCCGCGGGGCUGGCCGCCAUGCACAAGCUGCACUUCCUGCACAGCGACUUAGCCUUGCGGAAUUGUUUUCUUACCUCGGAUCUAAAUGUGAAAGUGGGAGACUAUGGAAUAGGAUUCAGCAGGUACAAGGAGGAUUAUAUUGAAACAGAUGAUAAGAAAUUUUUCCCUCUGCGAUGGACUGCUCCAGAGUUAGUAACCAGCUUUCAAGACAGACUACUAACUGCAGAUCAAACUAAGUACAGUAACAUUUGGUCCCUGGGUGUGACGCUUUGGGAACUUUUUGAUAAUGCUGCUCAGCCGUAUUCCAACCUUUCCAACUUGGAUGUUCUUAACCGGGUCAUUCGAGAGAGAGACACAAAACUCCCCAAGCCCCAGCUGGAGCAGCCUUAUUCUGACAGAUGGUAUGAAGUUUUGCAGUUCUGCUGGUUGCCACCAGACAAGAGACCAGUGGCCGAGGACGUGCACAGACUGCUCACCUACCUGCGCAUGCAAAGCCAGAGGGACUCAGAGGUCGACUUCGAACAACAGUGGAACGCUCUUAAGCCAAAUACACACACCAGGGACACUUCCAACAGCGCGGCGUUCCCCAUCCUCGACCAUUUCUCCAGGGAUCGGCUUGGUCGUGAAAUGGAGGAAGUCCUCACCGUGACGGAAACCAGCCAGGGCCUGAGCUUUGAGUAUGUCUGGGAGGCAGCUAAGCACGACCACUUUGAUGAACGCAGCCGGGGCCCCCCAGAGGAGGCCUUGUCUUACACGAGCAUCUUCUUUCCAGUUGAAGUGUUUGAGAGUUCACUUUCAGAUCCCGGGCCCGGGAAACAAGACAGCAGUGGCCAGGAAGUCCCCGUGAGAGCCCCGGGAGUGGUUCCCGUUUUUGAUGCCCACAACCUUUCUGUUGGAAGCGACUAUUACAUCCAACUAGAAGAAAAAAGUGGUAGCAACUUGGAGCUCGAUUACCCACCUGCACUGCUCACCACUGAACUGGAGAAUCCAGAGAGGACGAGUGACAAGGCGCCCCGGUUUCUGACACUCGGGGGCCUUGAGCUUGAGGAAUCCAGUACAGAUGAGGAUUUCUUCCAAAGCAGCACAGACCCCAGAGAUCCCAGCACCCCUGAGGCCAUGCGUGCCACCAGCGGCCCCGAGAGCCCUGUCAACAGUAUAUUUAAUGAUCUGGACAAAUCGGAGGACCUGCCCAGUCACCAGAAAAUAUUUGACUUAAUGGAACUGAAUGGAGUUCAAGUGGACUUCAAGCCGACCACUUUAAGUUCAAGCUUGGACGACCCCAAAGACUCGCUAAUAACAGGCCACCUUGAGAAAGAAAAGCCCCACAAGCUUUUUGACUGUGAGCCUCUUUGCUUCUCAGAAAGCCUUGCGCACCAAGAUAAUUUUGAUCCACUGAAUGUGCAAGAAUUGUCAGAAAACUUUUUAUUUCUUCAAGAGAAAAACUUAUUAAGAGACUCAUUGUGUAGCAAAGAACAUAUAAAUGACCUUCAAACAGAACUUAAAAAUGCUGGUUUUACGGAAACCAUGUUAGAAACUCCACGUAGGAACACUUUAGACACCGAGUUUAAGUUUGCUGAAAAUAAACCAGGCUUUUCUUUGUUGCAGGAAAACAUAAGCGCAAAGGGUCAAGGCACACGUGUUGUGCUCAAGGACCACGCUUUGAGCACCUCGUGGCCGUCUUCCCCCGAAGUGCAGGUACCUCCUACCUCGCUCGAAACGGAAGGAACACCUCACAGCGCACCAACAGAUACGGUCCCGAAGCCGGGAGAAACCACGCCCAGGCGCUUAGAUGUCAGGAUCCAUGACGACCGUCUUGGCCAAGAAGCAAGUGUAGAUUCUGUGACCGUCCCAGUUGAAAUUCCCUCCGCCGAUGCUGGAGCAAACAGCACAGGCCCUGGGUCCCACGAGCUGACUCAGCAAAGUGAAGAGGCCUCGGGACGGACCCAGAGUGACUGUGCCCUGGUGGACGGCAUCUUGGCCAGGAAAGCGAGUGCAGAGAGCAGUCCUCCGGAGCUGACACACAGCCUGCAGAAGCAGCCCCCUUCAGAGGACCAUCGCAGUGACCGUCCCCUAGCGAAGAGCCCGGGAGCCGGGGACACUUCGCACCAGCUCAGCUGUAAAGAUGCUGCAACCGAAGGGGCCUUGGUGUCCGCCCUUUCCUCAGACUCGACUAGUCAGGACAGCCUUUUGGAAGAUAGCUUGUCAACACCCAUUCCAACUUCAGAACAGUCGGUGGAGACCCCCGAUUCUCUGGACUCCGUGGACGUCCAUGAGGCUCUGCUGGGUCCUCUAGGGGGCGGGCAGGAGAAACUCAUGCCCCCUGACAAGCCUGCAGACAGUGGGUACGAGACCGAGAACUUGGAGUCGCCUGAGUGGACUCUGCACCCUGCUCCCGACGGUGCCUCAGCCUCAGACGUGGCCCUAGCAGGCGACAGCCGUCAUGGCGAGUUGCCUCCCAACCCUGUCAUCGUCAUCUCAGAUGCAGCUGACAGCCACAGAGGGACCGAAGUGACCUCCCAGACCUCUGCAGCUGGCUCUCAGAGCUCACACCGAGACUCUGCCUACUUCUCAGAUAACGAUUCUGAACCUGAUAAGAAGUCGGAGGGGGUCCAAGGAACCUCAGUGUCAGCUUUGGCAUUGGUGAUGGGUCAGCCUCUGCCAGAGCCAGCCAUCCCGGAGCAAAGUCCUGGCACCGCGGACAGUGGCCUGGAAACCAAAAGCAGCCCGCCAGACCAAAGUGGCCUGUCUGCUUUGCAGAACUCCAGUCUCCUGGAGUCAGGAGAAAUGGCCCCAGCACUGGCACACAGUUCCAAAGAGCUGCAUGCUCCUGAAGACGAGGCUGGCAGUCCCUCGAGUGUGGUAAACUCGGAGCUGAGCAGCGGCGAUGAUUUCGAGGCACAAGAAGAGCCCCCCUGCACCAUCGCCUCCACCGGGACAAACACCAACGAGCUCCUUGCGUUCGCCAGUUCUGCCCUCUGCUCCGGUAGCCCGUCGGACCUGACGGUGGAGCAGCCCUUCUCCAGCCACGCGGAGGGCCCCAAGCUGAAGGAGCCAGACAUCGAAGGGAAGUACCUGGGGAAGCUUGGCGUGUCGGGGGUGCUCGACCUCCCCGAGGACGGGAUCGAUGCAGACGAGGAAGAUGAGAACAGCGACGACUCAGACGAGGACCUGCGGGCGUUCAACCUGCACAGCCUCAGCUCCGAGUCGGAGGAUGAGGUGGAGCACCCUGUCCCCGUGAUCCUCAGCAACGAGGACGGGAGGCACCUGCGGAGCCUGUUGAAACCCCCGGCGGCGGCUGCUGCUGACCAGCUGCCGGACGCCUGGAAGAAAGAAAAGAAGGCAGUGACCUUUUUUGAUGACGUCACCGUCUAUCUGUUUGACCAGGAGACCCCAACCAAAGAGCUGGGACACUGCGGGGCAGAAGCGCGUGGCCCUGAGCGGAGCAGCCCAGCACCGUCAUCGGGUUCCCCCUACCUGAGCAGGGGCAUAAAUUCCGAAAGUUCCACCGAUGAAGAAGGUGGAGGCUUUGAAUGGGAUGACGACUUCUCCCCAGAUUCUUUUAUGUCAAAGACAACGAGUAACCUCCUUAGUUCCAAGCCAUCUCUGCAGACUUCUAAGUACUUUUCUCCACCGCCACCGCCCCGGAGCGCGGAGCAGAGCUGGCCCCAGGCGGCGCCGUACUCUCGGUUCUCCAUCUCUCCCGCCAGCAUCGCCAGCUUUUCUCUCACACAUCUUACCGACUCGGAUAUUGAGCCAGGAGGAAGCAGUGAAGAUGGAGAAAAAGAUUAGGUGGAUGGUGAUGCACUCUCAGGUUCCAGGCUGCUUCCCCGCGGCGGCGGGCCUGUGCUGCCCACCGAACAGCGCCAUCCACGCGACAUCUGCUGAGGCGGGACAGGGAGAGAGACUCAGAGGCAGAGAGGGAGCCAGCACUGGGCCCCGAGCCUGGUACCCGUCUGGGGAGCCAGGGUCCUGUCUCGCGUGGUUUGCUGCCCUGGCAGCUGCGCGCCUGCAGCCGCCCUCACCACUAAAGACACUCGGGCUCUGGUCUUCCUUGGGGAGGGCUGGCACUGCUCAGGUGCGUGGAGAACUGUGGGCUCCCGGCUGUUUCUGGUUUCCACGUGGGGUUCUCUGUCCACACCCGUGCAGCCGUCUGCGCACGGGCCCAGAGGACGCGUGGUGGGACUGGGUACCGUGAGCAAUAUUUAUUGUUUGUAAGAAAUCACUAAUUGCUUCUGUAAUUGCACUGUGGGUACAUGUCCUAAGAGUCCCUGAUAUUGUACAGAAUCUUAAGUUAUUCAAGGAAAAUAAGGCAGGUCAAGCUGGUGCUACCCACUAGUUUGAUUUUUUUGGUUGUUUUAUAGUUUAUUUGCUCUGCAUGGUACUUGUAAGCUGAAAUAUGUGGAGUGUGUGCAGUCCUUAGAGUUGCUGGAUUUGCAGAUGGUCCUCUUUCGUAAACGAUAACUGAUUCCGGACGCUAGUGCUUCGAGCCUCAUAGGAAAGGUUUUGAUGAGCCCAGAGAGACUGCUCUUCGGCCGAUGGGCUGGAACCCCUGUUGUCUCUUCUCAACGCGGUGGUUUCCCUGUAGCGGAGGAGGCUUCUCUGAGGAGCUGAGGGCCUUGCAGCCUCUGUGUGAUUCCCCACCCCGAUUUUUAAACCCUCUGGGGAAACACCAACAGGUGGUGCGCCUCAGCACCGAGUGCUGGUUAGACUGUGCGGUCCCCGGGCCCUUCCCCCAGAGGCACUUCCCUCCAGCUGCCGUCACUGGACACCUGCUUGGCUUUCAGAAGCGCAGGCUGCUGUGGCUUCCGUGUCCUUGGAACUCCUUCCGCAGGAAGGUGGGAACGCGGAGGGAGGAGCUGCUCCCCCAGGGCUCUGGCGACAGGAGGGUUUGAUUCUGUUUGUAAAAGCUCAGCCUCUGGUGUUGAGCUCUUAAUACCCCCAGAGCGGAACUUUCCCCUAGAACUCCUCAGAGGCAUGUCACGUCCAGGUGGCUGGUCUGCAGCCGAGGAGAUGCCCUGCAUCCCAUCCCGCAACUGAGGAAGGAGGGACGAGGGACAACGGCGGAGCCUCCACAGCCAGCAUGUCCUCCUGGCCGGAAGCUGGGCAGCCCUGCCGGCCACUCACCCAGACGCCACCCCGGGGCACACUGCACUGACCCUCCCGUCUGCGUUAAGCACCGAGUUCUCCCCUUGCUUGGAAAAGGACGCGUGUGUCCAGUGCAACCUCCUAGUGUUGGUGGCCUCCUCCUGCAGUUGUGAGUCCUGCUCUGACCUCGCGGAGUUCCCAGGGGCUAGAGCAGCGCUGCGCUGGGGGGGCUCGGUGUGUCCGUCCUGAAGCCAGGUCUGCAGGCCCCGCAGGCUGCCCUUCCCCAGUGUUCCCGGCGCUGAGGUGCUUUCCCACUCCAGCCGGGGUGUAAGUCACAGGAACGCCGUCCCGGGGCGAGAUGCAAACGUGUACACUGGCUAGAGUGUCCGUAGUAAAUGUUGAUCCUUAUUACCAAUUCUGGUUCACUCCACUAACUUCUUACACUAGCAAUAACGUUCCAGAGCGAGAGAUUUCCGAUGGAGAAGAGCCCUUCUCCCCACUUGCUGUGAGCAUGGAGUACCACGGGGGGGGGGGGGGGGGUGCGCUGCUGGGAGCUGGACCCUGUGGUGUGCACUUUGAAAAGUUAACAGGGCAUUAGAAGGUGAUUUUGCCAAAGUUGCCAAACUCUGAGUUUCUUACUUAUGGAGACUUCCUGAGCUUUCUGAAUUUUUACAUCUAACUACCAGCUUGGUUUAGAGAGAAGGCCAUUAUACUAGCUUUUUCAAAGUAUAGGAUUAAGGGGUUCAGACUUAAUGACUAAAAUCAAGCCGAUCUAUAGAAUAUAUAGUCUUCUUAUACAGUCAGCCCAGGCUAAAUCUGGUGUUUUUGGGUUGACCAUUUUUCACUACAAUCAAGGAGAUUUUAACAACAUAAUUCUCAUUUUUAUUUAUUUUAAGCCUGUGUCACUCUCAUAAUUGCCAAAAAGGCAUUUUAUACAUUGAGUUGGGGGGGAGGGGUUGGAGUAGAUCUUACUGUGGGGUUGCAUGGUGGGGAAUAUUUUAUAUUUAUAAUGAACACGUGCGUGAACAUGCUCUUUUGAAAUCUCAAGCAAUACACAGGAAAGAAACCGUGUACACUGAAAUUUUCAGCCCAUUUUUGAAAUGCCAGUGUGUGCUUUGCUUCUUUUUUUAACUCCGUUGUAUAAAAGUAGUGGGUUUUCAAGCAGUACUUGCUCUAGUAAGUUAUGCAGUGAAAUAAAUCAGUGAUUCUCUCGGGAAUACGGGUGAGGUUUGAAAUGCCUGCCUCACAACAUUUCCUAGCCUCCCUUGGAAUUGAUCAGGUUUCAAUGAGUCCUACUUUGGUGGAGUUUAAUCCCAUGGUACAAAUCUAACCUUCAUUUCCUUCCUAGCUAGGUGUUAACUUGUGUUAUCAAUGACUGUUGUAAGUCAAAAAGAAUGUAGAAAAGUGCUCCCAAAUCCUUCUGACACUUGGACUGUGGUCUGGGAAGAAGCCAUUCAUCUUCAGGGUGAAGCAGCUCAGCAACGCUGAAUUGAAAACUUGUUCAUUUUAAAUGUACAGGUGGCUGUUUCUAUGGAAAUGGAUUUAUCUAAGACAAGUCUCUGUAUGUCUUGCUGCCAUGAAACACCUUUAAAAGCCUCUUAGUAUUAUGUUCAUAGGGUGUGUGUAGGGUUAAUGACUUGCCGCAUGUUUGCCCUGAGGGCCCAGGUGUGAGGGAGCAGCUCCUGGCAUAACUGGGCUCAGCUGGUCAUCUGAAAACACCAGAAGCAAACCGGGUCAGGGGCUGCAAGACACGCGCCUUCUGAGAAGUAGCCUUAGAGUAAGAAUGCUGUAGUUCCUUCAGACCUGAAUCUCAAACACAAUCUUCCUAGGUUGUGAUGGGGUUGGCUCAAGUUUUGACUAUUAAAAGGAAAGUUCUCUUUAACGUCUGAAUAAAUCCUCAAAGAUGUGUUGACAGUAUUGAACUGCCACCAGCCGUUACUGGAAUGGCUGGACAUGCCUAGUAGGUCUCAGAGGGCCCAGGGGCAGUCACACUGUGCGGCUUCCCUGUUGUACUUUAACACGAUCGUAAGAGUAUUCACGGCAGUGUAACAGUUAAUGAACUUUCAGUUUAAAUUGUGUACAUUUUUAAAUUGUAAGAUUUUUACUGUAUAUUGAUGCAUAGUGUGAUUCAAUAAAUUGCUUGUAAUUUAAAAACUAUUUAAUAUUCAAAAUAAAUAUAGUUAUAUAUUUA